AUGGAUCCUUUUACAUUUACAGCAUCUAUCUUUGGUCUCAUCGGUCUCAUCGAUAUAACAAAGAUCUCAGGUCCCAGCAAUUUAUCCUCAAUCGACAAAGCCCAAAAGGUAAAUGCUUUUGUCAAAGAAGAUCUGCCAAUCCUUUCAGCUCUGCUACAGGAGACAAACUCGAUAUUCUUGAAUACCGAGCACCCUAUACCGGAAUCGGCCGUUACUGCAUUGUCCUCCUGUACAAACCGAAUGAGUAAAUUGCAGUAUCUACUGCAGAAGAAUUACGUUCUGGAUUCUUCUAAAAAACAUCCUUCCAGAGCCGUGAAAUUUCUCUUAGCCGGAGGACAAAUGUACAGUGCUUGUCUUGCUUUCAAGGAAGCUAUUUUGACUAUAAGAGAGAUUGCAACUAUUAUUGAACUUGUCGCAGCAUUCCAUAAGGACUUCAGACACGAUACAGCCCAGGAGCAUGGCUUGAGCACAGCAGUCGCCCAGUACCUCCAGCCAACCCUCAUGGAAGAGCAUAUCAAGAUAGAAAUUGAAGAACAACGACUACAAGCCGAAUUGCAAAACCGGCAACUUGAUGAUGCAGAUGCAACCUUGUUCCUUAUAAAGCUUCUGCCGGUACAUCAGGGAAUUGAAACAAGAUUCUCUGCCAUGUGCAAAUUGGACACGGGAUCCGAAAUCAACAUUGUGGACCAGGGCUUUAUCCAAGAAUGCAAACUGGAGGAUCUUGUCGAAGAGAUUCCUUCAGAGCUACAGAAACCCUACUGUGGUCUUGGGGGUGGACAGUUUACCUUUGCCCGCAAAAUAUUCCUGCCAUUCAUAAUGAAGCGAGCAACAAAGAUCCGCACGGCCGAGUUCUUCUUGUACCCUGAUCUUGACUUCAAUAUCCUGAUUGGAAACAAGUUUUUCACCGCGGUAGUACAGGAAGACGAGAGAUACAAAAACAGCGUGGCCUUAAUUGUACGCGGGAAGCAGAAGCUAGAUCCAAAACAGGAAGCAUUGAAACGGGAUCAACUGGAUAGACAGCAAAGAGAGGAUGUUGCUCUAAAGAAAGAGAAAUAUGAGCGGCGGCGGCGUACUCUUUUUCACAGGCAGCAACAGCAGCAACAGCAGCUAUCGCCUAGCAGUUUCGGCACUUCCGGUCGUGCAUAUACAAUAUAUGAUGACUCAGUCCCAGCAGCACCUCAAUACGGUAUAACUUCAUACAACCAGCAAGGCGGACAUGGGCAUCAGAUGUCAGAGGAUAUGGGAGCCCGAUCUAAUCCUAAUAACUUCUUCGGCACCCAAAUUGAUUUCCAGGACCAUCCGCAAGGUUCAUCGGGCUCAAACCCCGAAGCCAAUAAUCCUACUAUGAGUGGCGCCCUUAAGGACCAAGAACGGCUCGUAGGAAACUCAUCAAGUUUAGAUCUACCUCCGUCGACGAUUGACUAA